AUGAGCCCACCAAAUCCUGCGCCGAAGCCACCGCCCCUCGAUCGCGCUAUGCAGUACCUAGGCCUCUCCCCACGUGGGUCACGGUCGACAUCGCAGCUUAAUCUGCAGCGCCCUGGCUCUUCCUUGUCUCAGCGCUCAGGUUCUACAGCCAAUCUGCCUGGGACGGCUGCUGCCGCCACACCGGCCGGCUCGGACAACGAGGCCAGCGCCAGCGCUUCCAGCAGCCUUGGAGGGGUCUUUUCAUCGAUUUGGAAGGGACGACGGCCCAAGACAGGCCCGAUCUUCAAGGGCACCAAGGAAGUUCUGCGAGUCAUCAAGGAGACGACCGAUUUUUUCCCUCCGGUCAAGAGUGCCGCUGCCGCGCUGUAUGAAAUACUCAACAUCCUCGAUACUGCCGAUGGCAACCGUGAAGAGGUCAAAAAACUGCAGAAUCGGCUCAAGGUGUUAGAGGAGAUUCUCAGCUCUUGCCCUCCUUCGGGAGUGGAACGAUCACUGGAAGACAGGCUCGGUGGACUGGCAAGGAUGCUGGAGGAGAAGGCGGCUUAUCUGAAGGGAAAAUUGAACGAUUCAAAGGGGAAACGGGUGAUAAAUGCGACGGAGGACCAGAAGGAAAUUCAUCAAGCCAUCGAGGAGGUUAGAUUCGCGAUUGAAAUUGCCAUGCUUGACAUCAGCAUCUCAGGCCGCAAGGCGACCCUGGAGGUAGUGAAAGAGGUUGCCUGGGUGAAGAAGAGGGUCGUAGAAACGAGGAAUCUGGUCGAGGAAACGAAAGAAAUUGCGAUUUGGUUGAAGGACAACGAACACCUCAAGAAGAUCAAGACCGUCACUGGAGCCGAGUUCAAUCAGGAGGACCGCCAAGGCUGCAUCCCCGGAACGCGAGUCGCGCUACUAGCAACCCUCCUGCGCUGGGCGAAGGACCCGUCGUCACCAUCCAUCUUCUGGCUUUGCGGGAUGGCUGGCACGGGAAAGACGACCCUCACGGAAACGUUCAACGUCCGGCUCGACGAUCAGGGCGUCCUUGUCGCCAGUUUCUUCUGCUCGCUGGACCAUGUCGAGCGCAGAGACGUCCGGCGCAUCAUUCCUUCUCUGGCCAAGUCCCUCGCGAAGGUGCAACCCAAGUUUGCGAAGCAGUUGGUGAAGGUUCUCGAGUCCGGCAAGGUGCCAGAUGACCCAGUCGCGCUGAACCUCAAGGACCAGUAUCGCAUCCUCAUACUCGAGCCUGCCAGCAAAGCUUUCGACGCCGCCAUGCUUGUUGCUCUCAGCAUCGACGCCCUCGACGAAUGCAGCGACAAAGAGGCCAUUAGGCUCCUCUUGAAGGCGAUUCUCUCCCAGCCGCCGCCUCCUCCGCUCAAGGUGUUCUUGACAAGCCGUCCCGAGGACCACCUCGAAGAACGUUUCGCAAGCUACGACACGCACCGCCAGUUGCUCCUUCACGAUGUAGAACAGCACAUUGUUCAAGCUGACAUCGCCGUCUACCUACGCCACUGUCUAUCGCAGAUAGGUGAUCUCAAAGGUCACGUUCAGGAAAAGGACGUCGAGAACCUCGCCGAGCGUUCUCAGAACUUGUUCAUUUACGCUGCAACGCUGGUCAAGUACCUCGACGAGUACAGGGGUGACCGCCUCCGGCUUUUCCGUGAGCUUUGCUCGUCAGAUUCCACCUCGGCGGGCCGUCUCGACUCGCUCUACAAGCUCUAUGGCGUGAUCAUGUCCGAGGCGUUCAAAGGUCUCGAGGACACCGAUACGAAGACCAUUCAGGCAUGUUUAUCCCUGCUCAUCGUCGCCCCCAAUCCCCUAUCUGUCUCUGGGUAUGCGGGUUUCCUUGGGCUCGACCGUGGUGCAGUUCGCAGUGCAUUCCGGCAGCUCCAUUCCGUUGUUCGUGUGCCGCGGGAGGACCUUCAACCCAUCACCAUCCUCCAUGCAUCCUUUGCCGACUACCUCACCACCGACAACUCUCAUCGUCGACACGAAUGGGCUAUUGACCGAUGUACAGCCAACGAGACAGCCGCCCGGCGAUGCUUCAUUGUGAUGAACAAGGAGCUGAGGAUCGGAAUCUCGGGUGCGACAACAUCGUACAAGUCCAACGACGAGCAGCCAAAACCUCUGUGCAUUCCUCCGGGACUGGCAUAUGCGUGUACAGCAUGGAUUAACCAUGUCCUUGAUAUGGCUGGCAUGACGGGAUGUCUGUUGGACGAGCUUCAGGAGCAGAUGGAUGGAUUUCUGGUGAUGCAAUCCCUGUACUGGUUGGAGGUGUUGAGUGUGGAGAAGAAGGUGGAUUAUGCUUACAACACCCUGCCCCUCGUUCCAAAGGCUCUACCUGCUCUGCCUCGUGGUAUCAAAGACCAUCUCAUCGCUAUCGCAACAUUUUCAUCCAGAUUCCGGACUCCCAUCAGUGAAAGUGCUCCCCACCUGUACCUCUCUGCCCUGCCUGCCUAUAUUGCUUCUGGGUCAUCACCAUGGUUCUAUCCCCAAAUUCCUGCAAUUCCCCGGCUCUCCUACUCAUAUGACAGAAGGCAGUUAUGGACAAGUGAUGCUGGUUGGCGAGUGGGGUGUAUUGCCUACUCCCCAGAUGGGACCCUCCUUGCCUCUGGGUUGGAUGACUGCACCAUUCGCCUAUGGAACCCCCAGACUGGGGAGGCACUGGACGGAACCCUCCUUGCCUCUGGGUCCUGGGACAACACCAUCCACCUGUGGAACCCCCAGACUGGGGAGGCACUGGAUGGGACCCUCCUUGCCUCUGGGUCGUAUGACGGCACCAUCCGCCUGUGGAACCCCCAGACUGGGAAGGCACUAGAUGGGACUCUCCUUGCCUCUGGGUUGGAUGACUGCACCAUCCGCCUGUGGAACCCCCAGACUGGGGAGGCUCUGGGUGGGCCUCUGAAAGGGCACAGUGCUCAGGUCACCUCUGUUGCCUUCUCCCCAGACGGGACCCUUCUUGCCUCUGGGUCCUGGGACAACACCAUCCGCCUGUGGAACCCCCAGACUGGGGAGGCACUGGGUGAGCCUCUCCAAGACCACAGUGCUGCGGUCACCUCUGUUGCCUUCUCCCCAGAUGGGACCCUCCUUGCUUCUGGCUCGUGGGACACCACCAUCCGCCUGUGGAACCCCCAGACUGGGGAUGCACUGGGCGAGCCUCUGCAAGGGCACAGUAAUUGGGUCACAUCUGUUGCCUUCUCCCCAGACGGGACUCUCCUCGCCUCUGGGUCCUGGGACAACACCAUCCGCCUGUGGAACCCCCAGACUGGGGAGGCACUGGGGGGGACCCUCCUUGCCUCUGGGUCGCAUGACGGGACCAUCCGCCUGUGGGGCCCCCAGACUGGGGGGGCACUGGAGGGGACCCUCCUUGCCUCUGGGUCUUAUGACAACACCAUCCGCCUGUGGAACCCCCAGACUGGGGAGGCACUGGGUGAACCUCUGCAAGGGCAUAGUCAUCAGGUCACCUCUGUUGCCUUCUCCCCAGAUGGGACCCUCCUUGCCUCUGGGUCGCAUGACGGGACCAUCCGCCUGUGGGGCCCCCAGACUGGGGGGGCACUGGACGGAACCCUCCUUGCCUCUGGGUCCUGGGACAACACCAUCCGCCUGUGGAACCCCCAGACUGGGGAGGCACUGGGCGAGCCUCUGCAAGGGCACAGUGUUGUGGUCACCUCUGUUGCCUUCUCCCCAAACGGAACCCUCCUUGCCUCUGGGUCGCAUGAUGCCACCAUCCGCCUGUGGAGCCCCCAGACUGGGGAGGCACUGGAUGGGACCCUCCUUGCCUCUGGGUCGUAUGACCACACCAUCCGCCUGUGGAACCCCCAGACUGGGGAGGCACUGGAUGGGACCCUCCUUGCCUCUGGGUCGUAUGACGGCACCAUCCGCCUGUGGAACUCCCAGACUGGGGAGGCACUGGGCGAGCCUCUGCAAGGGCACAGUCGUUGGGUCGCCUCUGUUGUGUUCUCCCCAGAUGGGACCCUCCUUGCCUCUGGGUCGUAUGACAGCACCAUCCGCCUGUGGAAGCCCCAGACAGGGGAGGCUCUGGGUGGGCCUCUGCAAGGGCACAGUGGUGCGGUCGCCUCUGUUGCCUUCUCCCCAGAGGGGACCCUCCUUGCCUCUGGGUCUUAUGACAACACCAUCCGCCUGUGUGGCCCCCAGACUGUGGGGGCACUGGGUGAGCCUCUGCAAGGGCACAGUGAUGGGGUCACCUCUGUUGCCUUCUCCCCAGAUGGGACCCUCCUUGCUUCUGGCUCGUGGGACACCACCAUCCGUCUGUGGAGCCCCCAGACUGGGGAGGCACUGGGCGAGCCUCUGCAAGGGCACAGUGGUCAGGUCACCUCUGUUGCCUUCUCCCCAGACGGGACCCUUCUUGCCUCUGGGUUGUAUGACGGCACCAUCCGCCUGUGGAACCCCCAGACUGGGAAGGCACUAGAUGGGACCCUCCUUGCUUCUGGCUCGUGGGACACCACCAUCCGUCUGUGGAGCCCCCAGACUGGGGAGGCACUGGAUGGGACCCUCCUUGCUUCUGGGUCGCAUGACAACACCAUCCGCCUGUGGAACACUGCCCACUACCAGCACUCCCAUCUCCAACAUUUUGACUCCUCUAAUUUUCAAGAUCAGGUGUUGUUCCAGAUGUACCCUCAUUCCAUCUGCAUCAACAUGAAAGAUGGUUGGAUUCGCAAUGCAGCCGGAGAUCUCCUCUUUUGGGCUCUACCCCGAGAUCGUCGCAACCUCAUCUCGCCCUUGCAGCGAUGGAAAACUCAUGACUACUGCAAGCUUGAUUUGACCAACGCCGUUCAUGGAACUGAAUGGACCAAAUGCCAGGAACCGAGACCGCCAGGUGCACGACCCCAGCUGUGGCCUAUCGAGUAA